UUUUUGCCUUCUCUCAGCAUUUUUUGCCUCGAAUCAACGCUCUAAAAGCUUUUAUAAUAGAUUCCGCCAUGAAAUUAUCGAUUUUCUGGAUUUCAAUCAUACUUCUCGUCGUUUGUGAUGCUUCCGCCGAGAUCCCCGACAAGCUGCGCGACGAAUUUCGCAGACUGGCCAUUUCAAGAUUAGACUACAUGCUGAAACAAGGAUCACCGAACGAUUCUCUUCUCUCCAUGGCAUUCAUUGUGACGAAUUGUAGCGUAGCAGCCGCCAGCUCGACAGCAUCCUCAAAAAUCGACCGAAAAAAUGGACAGACAAUUCUGGAGGAAGAAACGUGUGGAAGCGCCGAAAUUCACGGCUGGUGUGACCAAAAGCCCGGCCGAAUCGGGAUUUUGACGGCGAGAAGUGAAAAUCGCACGGCUUUGGCGCAUUUUCUGUGCGAUUUGGAUCGCCCGAAAUCGUCGAACCACUACGAACGAGAGACGAAGAUCCUGAUCAAUUGCGCCUUCGGAUUAUCGAUUUUUAUGAUUGCUUUAAACUGGUACAUCAAAUGCACCCGCGCCGUGCCCGUCCAUCCAUCGGACAUUCUCAAUUUGACGGGAAAAUCGCAGAGCAAAUACGAGUCGGACAGCUUCGAGAGCAUCACCUUCAGCAGCACAAAGUCGCGGUCGAAAAUCUCGAAUUUGAAUCGCUCGACCUUCUGCGCGGGACCCAAGAAAUUUCGAAUUAUUGCCUAAAAAUCUGUAACUACUUUUAUAUACUUAUGUGAAUAUUAAACAAAACUAACGAUUUUUUUAUUUGUUGAAUUAAAAAGAACAAAAAACAAGAAAUAACAAA